CUUUCACUUUCACUGACUUAGCCUGAUUUCAGAAAAUCCCGAUUUGAAAAGAAACUGACAAGUUGUGUUACGAUGGAUGGAUACAAGGUUUAUUUACACUGACAAUGUUGUAACAUAUUUCGAUCGAGAAACAUGGUGCUAGUUUAUUUCUGUGGAGAUAACCAGGAAGAGAAGACGUAUUUAUUGAAGGAUUUCAAAAAAGCAACCAAGAAGAAGCCAGAUCUUAUACCGGAAGUACAUAGCAGACAGGAAAGAACCAAUGGAGGACAUAACAAAACCGUUCAGUACUGGGAAAACGUCAUAGAACAACAUCAUGAACAGCUUAGAAAAUGCCAUGGUAACGAUACCAAAGAUUAUGUAGUAAUGUAUGGGAUCAUUGAUAUCUUAGCUGACGCGGUAGUCUCCCUUGAUGGAUAUGGUUUUCAGAAUCUCCUCGAUAGAAGCAGUAAAGUUGGUCAGUUAGUUCAACAAUGUCAGUCUUCCCUUGUGUUUAUGUUACCUUACCAACAAGACAUCCGUAGUAUUGGCCGAGCAAGUACCAAUCAAGACCGAAUCCUUCGAAAUAACCGUCCGAAAGCAACAGGAAGUCAACAAAAUGACCAGACUGAGAAAUACCACACAAUCAUAACAAUGUACUCGAUACCUUAUCUAAAACUCGGUUAUUGUGAAACAGGUGCACAUGAACAGUUCAAAGAAGACACACCGUUAAAUAAGACCAAUACCAAUGAAUCAAGGAUUGAGCUUAUUAAAUAUGCUGUCAAAAAAUACACUUUUCCUCUUGAUACGUCACGUUUUCGGAAGAAGGACAAGAAGAAGCCUAUCAGACAUAGAACUACCGAAGACAGUGAUCACGUGACAACAAACUUCCUGUUUAUUAAACCAAUGAGAAAGAACGACGAAAGAAUUGCUAUACGAACUAUUAACAUUAAAGAAGACACUUAUACAAAUGACUGGGUCAUCAUUCAAGAAGGCCGUACAAACAGAUUUAUUACAAGAUAUCCACACGCAAGGGAAAAAAUGGUUCAGCUAUAUUUUAUUGUUAGCGUUCGGACUGAAAUUGUCAAGAAAAUGUUAAUUGGCACGGUUACUGUAAACGGUUUAAAUUAUGUAUAUCUGGGUUGCAGUAGCGAAGGACUAAAGCAAAGGAAAUGUUUUAUGUGGCAGGGAACACAACAGGAAGUGACGUCGAUUAUUCAACAAAAUGGCGACUUCGAUCAAAGUGCCGUUUCAAAACGAAUGGCGAGAUUUGGGCUUCUUUUUUCGGAAGUGAUGAUGACAAGCAUAGAGAUUCAAAGCGAUCAAAUAAUACUCGAAGAUGACAUUGUAAGUGAUUGUAAAAGAUAUAACUUUACUGAUGGGUGUGGAUCGAUAGGUUUGGAAAUGGCACAGCGUGUGACCGACGAAAUAAACCGUAUAGAUAACACGGACUUAAUAAUACCCCCGUCUGUAUUCAAAAUACGCUUGCAAGGUUAUAAAGGUGUUUUGACACUGUGUAAAGAAAUAAAGGGACAAAGUAUAAAAAUCAGGCCAUCGAUGAUAAAAUUCGAAACUUCAGCACAUCCUCGGCUUGGUAUUUGUGAGUAUUCAAAGCCAUUCACAUUUGGUCAUUUAAAUCAGCAAUACAUUGCCCUUUUGUCUGGGCUUGGUGUUCCAGAUGAAAUAUUUACAGAUUUUCAGACUGCACAGUUUGAACGUUUGCGAGGGAUGACUGUUAAUUUAGAAGCAUCCAUUUGCAUUCUUCAGUGGCAAAAGAAAUCAGACUUAGCCAGAGUUGUUAUUGACCUUGGGAAGAUGAAUUUGGUCCCGUGUGAAGAAAUGAAAGAACUUAAGAAACUGCAAGCACAGCUUUCCAUCAGUAAAAAGGCAAAGAAAAUUAGAAUUGUUGUACCGAAAUCAAGGUACAUUUUUGGUGUGUGCGACCCAUAUGGCAUUCUAGAAUAUGGAGAAUGCUAUGUUCGAGUAACUGCAACUACCAACGGUCAUGUAAAGAACGUAAGCGGCCCAGUUGUUGUUUGUAAGUCACCUUGUUAUCUCCUUGGCGACAUCCGGGUAUUGAAAGCAGUUUCGGACAUGGAUAAACCGGAGUUAUCAAAAUUAAGUCAUCUAGUAGAUUGUAUUGUUUUUCCAAUACGAGGCCCACGACCCCACCCAAAUGAGACGGCAGGAUCAGAUCUAGAUGGUGACAUGUUUUUUGUUUGUUGGGACGAAAAUUUGAUUCCACCCGUAACACACCAGCCGUACGAUUAUCCGGCAGCUCAGUCGAAACCGGAAGGUCGUGUUACAGUGGAAAAAAUGAUUUCAUACUUCUCUCAGCAAAAUGAAGCACAAAUCAUGACUAAUACAGUCGCAAAAUAUAUCCGAGCAUGGUCAGAUAGAGAAGGUAUGAUGUCAGACAAAUGUGCACAACUCGGGAUGAUGUUUUCAAGAGUAAUUGAUGCGGCCAAAACGGGAGCGCCGAUUAGGAUCCCAUUAGCAUUGCAACCACCAGGUGACAACUCAUCUAAACGGAAGUUUAUAUGGCAAACAAUGGAAACAAAUAGUGAAAAGUUCAGGGAAGCCUUCAGACAUGGUUUUGUGUCUGACGUCAUGUCACACCUUGAUUCAACCGGAAACCAGGAUGAGAGUUCUAACUUGAAACCUAAUUUACCAAAUCUUUCUGAUGAUUUAGUAGAGGAAAUAUUAGACGAACAUCAGUCUAAGAUUAAAGAAUUCGACAAAUUUCGUUUUGCAUGGAUUCAAGCAGAAAAUGUGAAUGAUUCGGACGGAGACAUUUGUGAUUCAUUCGUCAAUAAGUAUGUACAAUACAUUGACUUUUCACAGUUCUCAUUGGAAGAGAAGAGAUAUGCAUCAAAUCUAGGGGUACCAACGGAUAUCAUUCAAAAUUCGAUGAGAAGGUCCAAGUUGCUGAAAAAAGAUGAUUUAGAAUGGUUUAACAUGCAUUCCUCAAGUACUCCAUGGACAUUGUUUUACGAAAAAGAGAAUUCCGAAUUGAACUGGCACCAUUUAGUGAAAGCCAUUACCAGUUUUGACAAUUCAUGUGUUAUGUUAGGGCUACCCGAUGACAUUGUUAUUGUUUUACAAUUUCUGUAUAAGCCGCAGCAAGGAAUGGAACAAUAUAUAUCCCCUGGUUCCCUUUCUGUAGUGUUCUUUUCAAAGAAUUUUGGAUAUAAAUACAGGUAUACAGUUGGGGAAGGUUAUUACAUGGAUUUGACUGACGAUACGCUACAGAUAUAUCGCAACAGAGAACGUACCCAAACAUUUGUUUUCCUCAAGGCGUCAGAUCUUAGAAAAAUUGGAGGAAACUUGUGUUGUGAAGAGAAUAGAAAUGCAUUGAGUGUAGACUUAUCUCGAUUUUACAGGAAUAUUUACAGUAAUGAACGUCCGCAUCCAUUACUCAAUAAAACUCUUCUGACUUCAGUUGAGGCUUUUGUUCGAAAUGAUGAUCCGGAAAACACAGCGUAUUAUGACGUCAUAGAUGCAUCCGGAGACUUCCCCUAUGAAGAACAAACAGAUGUAGAAGAUCUUGAUGAUAAGGAACAAUACUUUGACCUAGAUUCAUUGUUAGACCAAUCAAAUACAAGUAUUCAAGAUCACGUUACCACAGAAGAGAUCCUAGUUCAUCUUAAGCUGGCAGCAGAUCGGUGCAAUAUGUAUGACUUCGAUCAUCUUCUUUCCAAAAUGAAUUUCGAGGAUCAAGAAACUAACAAUACUGUUGUUGAUCUGUUUGUUAUACUGUUGAUUAAUUUCAUUCACAGGACAACUGGACGAAAUGUACCUAUGAAAAUUAAUGAAAGUCUUCACUUUUCUGUUUCUAUUAAUCAAAUUGCAAAAGACACGAUGAAAAGACUUUACAUUGCUGAAUUGCUUUGUAGAUUAAAUCUCCACAGUGUGGCAGGACAGUUUUUAUAUAUCGACGAAAAUGAAAUAACAGUCCAGAGAUUCCUUGAAAUAUUAAACCAUUGGCAACUAUUUUGGUACAUUGGUAUGGAUUUGGCUUUGCGGUUUAUAGACGGAUUAACAAAAAUAACCUUACGUCACAAUCUGACAUCGACGCUGUCAAACGAUCAAAGUCUGAAACUGAGGUAUAUCAUACACAACAGUAGACUUCACUGUCUAGAACUUAUCCACUCUAUAAACAAAUUACAAAAACUAUUAGAACAGAACCCUUUGAAUAGUUUGAACCCUAGCGGUGUAUGUAACCUGAAACUUGACAAACAUGAAGGCUACAACCUAGAAGGAGAUACCGGACUCGCUGAAGGUGUAUGUAACCUAAAACUUGACAAACAUAAGGGCUACAGCCUAGAAGGAAGUUCUGAACACGACGAAGUUGUAACAUUAUAUCGAUCAAAUGCCCUCAGUUACAUUCCAAAGAUUUAUGAAGGACAGUUUGUAACAUUAUUGAGACAUCGUGAUACAGAUAAAAAUCUUAAAUGUACAUCGUACGCAUUGAUUGGACUAGUUAUAAAAGUUACACAGGCGCCAUUUUUCGUUGAGGUGAAAAUAUUUGGUAGACUCCCAGAUACAGUUCAACAAUCUCUCGAAGCUGAACGACUUCAAUUGUGGAAGAUUGAUGUAAUUUCAAACAUUAUUACAUACCAGCGUAUUGUUAAAGCUUUUCAAAUUAUGGAGAAAGACAUUGAAACAAAUGUGAAUGUACCUCUCUUCUCGCUUUUAACAUUUCCUGGAUUUCAUCCUGAAACAUCACCACUUCACAAUGAACAGUUUUGUAAGGACGAAAUAUCACCUGCAUUGAGACAUUCCAAUGCGUCACUUUAUCAAAGGGAUGUAGGAAGUGUCGAAUGGUCCUCAAAGUGCAUCGACAAACAAACACUUGCCAUAGAAACCGCGCUUAAGGAAACAGUGUGCUGUAUAACGGGACCUCCAGGUACAGGGAAAACCACAGUUGCCUGUAGUAUCAUUGAGAAGCUGGUCAGGCUCGAAAGGUACAAGCACUUACUCAUUAUAGCAGAAACAAACCUAGCUAUUGAUAAUAUAGCACGAACAUUACGAAAUAAAGAAUUCAUCGUAAGGGUAGGAACACAAGAAGGAAUAGCACGAGAUUUGUACGAGAUUUCAUUAGAAGGACAAGUAAAUAGAAUAGCUACAAUGGAUGAAAGAAGUAUGACAAUCAAAGAUAAAACUGGAAAAGAACAACGUAAUACAGAAUUAUAUUUGGAAGUUUUAGAAAAAUCAACUGUCAUACUCGCAACUUGUGCUUCUGUUGGUGAUAGACUUCUAGCGAAGCUCAGAUUUGAUUUUGUUCUUGUCGACGAAGCUUCCGUUACUAAGGAGACCACACUUCUUUGUAGUCUCGUUCAUGGAUGUAAACAUUUAGUUAUGAUUGGAGAUUCAAUGCAGCUUUCGCCAUUCGUGACACAAUCACAUGAUUAUAUAACUGAAGAAUCUAGAGACUUACCGGAUGUAUCAUAUUUGUCAAAUACACUUUUCCACAGAUUGAACAGAUGUAAUGGAGUUCCGAGUAUUACCCUAGAUACGCAGUAUAGAAUGCAUCCGGAACUUCUAAAAUUUCCGUCUCGUGAGUUCUAUGACAACCAGUUAUUUUCACAUGACUCAGUUAAAUGUUUCCCUAGUUUCGUAUUUAAAUGGCCAGAUUUGACGAAACCUGUAUGUUUCAUAGAUUCAACCGGUUACGAAAAAUCAAUUGGGUCAUCAUACAAUAACGACGACGAAGCAAUAGUUAUAAACAACGUCAUAGAAACAUUACUUCGUGUCAGUGACAAAGAUGUGGAUUGGUAUUCAAAAAAGUAUGAAGGGCGAAUAGAGGCAUUGUCAAUAAAGCAAAUCACCAUAUUGACGUUUUACCAAGGACAAGUUAAAUGUAUCAAGAACAAAUUGACAGCUCGCGGUGUAAGCGUGAAUACAGUCGAUGGUUACCAGGGAUGUGAAAAUGACGUCAUAGUAGUAUCAACCGUUAGAUCAAACAAACAAGGAAAAUUGGGGUUUUCCGACGACAGAUGUAGACUCAAUGUUCUUUUAACCAGAGCGAGGUUUGGUUUGAUUGUUGUUGGGAACAGUGAAACACUUAAAAAGUCAGAGAUUUGGACACGAUGGUUUCAUGCGUACGAUGCCCCAAUACUAAGUUCACAAGAGUUCAACAUGGUUUCGGUGACACAGCCGGAAUUUACAAGGAAGUACGAGAAGCCUCAUACAAAGAGUGUAUCUGGGAAGAAAACUAAACAAAAAAUUCAUUUUCGACAUUAAUCCAAAUUGUGUGACUAAAAUUAUAAUUGACUUUUAUGUCUUAGAAAAAAAAGCUGUUCAAACAUACAUGGUUUUAAUUUCACUUACCUUCUUGUUAAUCCGUAAAUCGAGAAUGAAUACUGAAAAGGACAAUUCGGAAAUCAUCGCGAAUACAUAAUGAAAAGGACAAUUGAGAAAUCAACGAGAAUAAAUAAUAAAAAGGACACUUGAGAAAUUAUUGAGAAAUCAUUGAGAAAUCAUCGAGAAUAAGAUCAAAUUGAGAAAUCUAGUUGUAUCUGUUGAUCAAAAAUUAA